AAGGGCAAUAUAUCACUACUACUUUUUUCAUGCAUUUCCUACAACUACUUUUUUUUCUAUAAAAGUCUUGCUUUGCAAAAUGCAAUAAUAUCGCUCAUAAUUUAAUCUUUUGGAAAAAGGAAGAGAAAGAAGUAGUAGAGGUAAUAGUACUAGCAGUACACUUUUUUUCUUUCUCCUUUUUUUUUUUUUUUAAGGGUAAAUUAGUAGUUACCCUGGUUUUCCACGAAAAGAAGCAAGCAUUGUCAAGUUUUUGAAAGUUUAAAGAGAUAUUUAUAAACCUACUAGGAUUUGAUGGAAUUUGGGGAAACAAUGGAGCCGGUUAGUCCUACCGGACAGUACUUGAACAGCUCUGUGUUAUCGUUGUCGAUUAUCGCUGUUUUGGAAAUAGGGGUGACAAUUAAUGAUUCACAAACCAUGUCUUUGCUUGAAAAUCUUUUCCUUCCCAUCAAUCCUCGCUUCUCUUCUAUCAUGGUUGAUGACAAAAAUGGAGAGAAAAGAUGGAAGAAGGUUGAAGUAAAGCUUGAAGAUCAUGUCAAAGUUCCUCUCUUUCCCUCUGGCCUUUCUUUGGAAUCCUAUGAUAAGUAUUUUGGAGACUAUUUAUCAAAGAUAGCAGCUGAAAGAUUUUCACUAAAUAAACCUCUUUGGGAAAUUCAUAUAGUCAAAUAUCCAACUACUAAUGCAGCUGGCAAUCUUAUUUUCAAGCUUCACCAUGCACUUGGAGAUGGCUAUAGUCUAAUGGGAGCUCUUCUUUCUUGUCUACAAAGAGCUGAUAAUCCUUCUCUUCCUCUAACAUUCCCUUCAAUCAAGAACUCUAAAUUGGAAAGUGGUAGUAAAAGUAUAUUUGGUUAUGUCACUCAAAUUUUCUCUUCAGCUUUCAACUCCAUGUUAGAUUUCAAUUGGAGCAUCUUAAAGAGUAGUUUCCUUGAAGAUGAUCAAACACCGAUUCGAUCCUCGUGGAAUGAUCCUAUGGCUGAAUUUCAGUCCACUACAAUAACUACUCUUACAUUCUCUAUUGAUCAGAUCAAGUUAAUCAAGGCUAAGCUUAACGUGACCAUAAACGAUGUGAUUGUGGGAAUGGUAUUCUUCGGCACUAGACUAUACAUGCAAGAGAUUAGCGAAGAAUCAACCAAAUCAAGUUCUACAGCAUUGGUGUUGCUGAAUACAAGGAUGCUUGAUGACUACAAGUCAGUCAAGGAGAUGAUGCAACCUGAUACAAGGACUACUUCAUCUUGGGGAAAUCAGUUUGCCUUCUUGCACAUAUCAAUUCCCAAAUUGACUGAGUUUUCAAAUAAUCCUCUAGACUUUAUUUACUUCGCACAAAAAUUAAUCAAGAGAAAGAGAAAUUCUUUAGCUCUUUACCUCACUGGUAAACUGCUCGAGACUCUGACCAAAGUUAAAGGCCAUGAGGGAGGAGCUCGUUAUGUGUACAACACAUUGAAAAAUGCCAGCAUGACAAUCUCAAAUAUAAUUGGUCCCGUGGAACAGAUGGGAUUGGCUAAUCAUCCAAUUUCAGGAUUGUACUAUAUGGUGGCCGGAACACCUGAGGACCUUGACAUCGCAGUUGUAAGUUAUAUGGGAAAGGUGAAAAUUGCCUUUGGAACCAAAACGCAGCAUAUAGAUUCCGAGAAAUUCAAGUCAUGCAUGCAAAAAGCCUUUGAGACCAUGUUUGAGGCCACACAAAAAUUCUACAAAGGCAAACGAAAUUAAUUGUUAGCAAGGACUUUCAUCGAAUUCAUCUUAUUAUUAUUAUUAUUCUAUUCCAUUUUUUAAAAUGCUAGUUGGAAAUUUUAAGAGAAAAAUAUUAUUAAUUAUAUAUCUUUCUCUGUUCACUAUUCAUCUA